GCGUAGUGUUUUUGCAAUUUGAUCCCGCCUUCCCCAUCACUUCCAAUGAUAACUGCCCUAGCUAACUCAGUUUAAAACCUUUUCCCUUUGUCUCUAGCUUAUGUAGAGAAAAAUGUGUUGGAUUAAUCAGUAAAAUUUGGGCUGUGGGCGAAAAAGAAAACUUACCUAUAGAGCCUACGAAGGUUACAUUUUGAAAAAUUCGCCACCGUAGAACGUUUCUGCAACUAUUAACGUGAAGGAACUUAAAGAAUAUUGGAAAUGAUUGUGAGGGACAACUGAGUUAGGGCGCGGGAAUUCAAAGUAAUAGUCACGCUUGAAAAAUGAGAAAAUUGCGCAAGGGAUGACGUCAUCGAGAAAUUCUGAUAUCCAAUUUAAGUCGCAUAAAAACUGAGGUACCAAGUUAUUCAACUCAAAGUUUACAACGUGUCUAUCACCGUCCAAUUAUUAACGAAAAAUGCAAAACUUCAGGCUUCGCUAGUUCAGAUUUCUGCACAUGGAUUCAAGUUGUAUUUGAAAACUGCCACGAAAAAUGGACGAGCGCCAGAUACGCAGCGGGAUUUGUAGGGGGGUGUAAAAUGAUGGUAGAAAGUUGGCCUCGACAGACUAGGCGGCAGCGAUGGCGUCCGACUGGCGGUUAUUUAUAUAACGCAAUUGCUCGCAGUGUGGUCGUCUCUGCACCCCAGUCCAGAGUAAAAGAGGAGUAGACCGUGUUGCUGAGGCUUUUCUGAUAGUGUGUCGCUGCCACAGAAUGGAAAACUGACUCAUUGUGCAAGGAGGUGUGAAACCGUUGCGUAUCAGACUACAAUUCAUAAGAUGUUGACCGAGUGUUAGAUGUGUGAUUUCUUUACUGGUGUUGAUUCACCACAAGCCAGUUUAUUGCUACAACUCGCUGCUUAAGUCCAGAAUAUUUAAGACAGAUGGCUCUCGACCGCAGGCGUUCCGUACGUGAUCGUGGUUCAGUUCGGAGCCGUGGCUCUUCGAGCGCUUCAAGUUCUGAUCCACGCGAAAAAUUGAAGGAUUGUUGCCGACAGUUUGUGGCCUUUAUGUUUACACAGGUUGGCGUAGGAGCGCUGGUCGUCAGCUAUGCCAUCAUGGGCGCCUUUGCCUUUAUGGCAAUCGAGGGCGAAUCGGAAAACAGCGAUAACAACGAUCAUGUUGCCAGUUUACGAUCCUCUUGUCUUAGUCGCCUCUGGAACGUUACCGAUCAUCUUAACGUGCUUGAAGAGAGGAAGUGGAAGCUGGACGUCCGUCAGGUGCUACUCGAUCACCAACAAGCUAUGGCAUUGGCCAUUAAAGGCGGUUAUGACGGUCGGACCAAUCAGGAACGCUGGACUUUCCCAUCUGCACUCAUGUUUUCGCUAUCUGUCUUUACCAUGAUCGGUUUCGGACAUUUGGUGCCACGUACUCAGUGGGGGAAAAUUGCCACCAUGCUUUACGCUGUUUUUGGAAUCCCCGUUUAUGUUCUCUAUUUCAUGAACAUGGGCCAAGUUUUGGCCUCGUGCUUCAAGUGGUUCUAUUGCAAGCUGGUCCGCUGUGCAGAUGCCCGUAAAGAUAAACCAUUAGCGGAUGGUGAUCCAGCUGCCGGCAACGGCAACAAAGAAAUUAUUGGCGUAGUCUCUUCGGCCGCUGGGGACGAACUAUCGGACGAUUUGGACGAAGAAAGCUACUCUGGAUUAAUAAUCGUGCCAUCAACAGCUUGCCUUUGGGUCUGGCUAACAUAUCUAGCCGUCGGCACUAUUAUGUUCGCUGAAUGGGAGAACUGGGAAUAUCUUGACGCGUGUUAUUUUUGCGUCACCAGUUUAUGCAAGAUCGGAAUGGGUGACUUUGUACCCGGCGCCAAUCUUCACGCUUCAAGCAAUCAGACCAAAUUGAUUAUAAAUUUCGUAUAUCUUCUUGUUGGAAUGGGAAUCAUCGCUAUGUGCUACAAUUUAAUGAAGGAGGAGAUACUUGUUCGUUUGCAAGAAUUGAAAGCCGACUUGAUUGAACGGCUGCAAGACGUUAGCGGACGUAUGCGUCGUUGAUCUUCAGAAGCAUCCGUGUUACUUUAUCCACACUAGCCAAGUUUAUGGAUCGGAUAAUGCGGUGUUAAAAUCACCUUGAAAAAAUACUUGGUGCGUGACUCGUGCAUAAAAUCUUUAUUUGAAAAUAUCCAACCGAAAAUAUCGGCCGCCACCUUUCACAAUCCUUUUGAAAAUAGCCCUCCUUGAGCCGCCUGGCGCAUGGACAGGGAGUGCGCAGGCCGUGUUGUUGGAUUUAAACUGUUGUUUUUCUUUCUCCACCCGCUCCCAACGGAGCUAUUUUCGGCAGAGCCGUCUAUUACACACGCACCUUUUGAGCACCUAAGAAAAGUAACACGUUUAGUCUUUCGAUUCAACCUCCCUUAAGUUGAAUUGUAACUUCCUGCGUAUUAUUCUCAUUGUUUAUUUAACACAUAAUUUGUACUUUCACUAUC